AUGUCAAAGACGUACGAGGCUUUACUUCAAUUGUGGCCUCAAUGGCUCGCUACUAUAAUAGUGACCCUCUUAUGCGUCAGUAUUGGUCUCUCAAUCGGUUGGACAUCGCCUUAUUUAGUGCAAUUACUCGACGAUGAUACGCCGUUUCCCAUAACGCAUGAACAAGCGUCGUGGAUAGCUUCUCUAUUACCACUCGGACGUCUGUUUGGUGCUACCAUCGGAUCUCUCUUCGUAGAAUAUCUUGGCAGCAAGAUGUCUGUAUUGUUAACUGGAUUGCCAAUAAUUUUCGGAUGGAUUUGCGUAAUUUGCGCCAAUUCCGUCACAUGGCUGUACAUCUUCCGAAUAUUUUCCGGUUUAUCAUUGGGAAUGGUGUUCAGUUGCUAUCCACUUUACAUCGGUGAAAUUUCGGCGCCAUCGAUUCGUGGAGCUUUAGUAAGUUUGAUUAUCAACGGAAUGCCCUUUGGCAUUCUCUUCGGUAUAAUUUUCGGUUGGUACGGCGCAUACGCCAUCGAUCGUUGCGGUCGUAGAAACCUGCUAGCGAUCUCAUCUUCCGGUGUGAUAGUCGGCAUGCUAUCACUAGGUUUGCACUUUCUUUUACUGGAUCUCGAUUACGAUCCCGGUGAUCUCGAGUGGCUUCUCAUCCUGUCGCUGAUAAUAUUCAUGUCGAUGUGCUUUGGACUCGUGCCGGUGCCAAGCACGAUGCUGAGCGAAUUGUUUCCAUCCGAUCUCAAGAGCAUGGCUGGAUUCAUCGCCAGCAUCACGUCGGCUAUUUUCGCGUUUAUCUGCACAAAAAGCUAUCAGCCAAUUGCAGAUAUCAUAAGCGAACAGUAUAUAUUCUGGAUUUACGCUGCGAUCACUACGAUCUGUCUGGUGUAUUCGGUUACUUUGGUGCCAGAGACGAAAGGGAAAACAUUGCAGGUGAAUAUCUGCUUGAAGGUUCAGUCACAAUCAUUCUGCGGAAAGAUCAUCAUGGACCAUGAGAUCGAGAAAAAAAUAAUAAAAAAAACGGUUUGGCCACAAUGGAUCGCUGGUAUCGGAGUCAAUCUUUUGCUGAUGCAAAUAGGAAUGAUGGUGGCUUGGACCUCGCCAUAUAUCGCAUAUCUGACUUCAUCCAAAUCCCACAUUCCCAUAACAAUGACCGAAGCUUCCUGGAUAGUUUCACUGUUGAACCUAGGCAGACUAAUUGGCGCCAUUUCCGGUGCUGUCGCCGUCAAUUACCUUGGUUCUAAAACAACAAUUCUCGUGACCAGUUUACCGAUGGCUUUCUGUUGGCUCUUUAUAAUUGUCGCUGAUCGAGCGGAAUGGUUAUAUGCAGCUCGAUUUUUAGGUGGCAUUGGUGUCGGAAAAACCUACACCUGUUUCUCGCUUUAUUUGAGCGAGAUUGCAGAUCCUACCAUCCGCGGAGCUCUCAUAAUUCUAGCAAUGUCUGGCUUGUCGGUAGGUAAUUUAGUAAUAUGCACCAUGGGUGCGAAUUUAAUGAUGGAUAUCUCCGCUAGCGUAUGUCUCGCUCUUUGCUUUAUACUGAUGAUCAUCUUUAUCUGGUUGCCGGAAUCACCGCAUCAUUUCGUGAAGAUUAAAGCGGAGGAGAAAGCUCGAGCGUCGAUACUCUGGUAUCACCGAAAAUGUGACGUGGAAUCAGAAUUACAGAGCUUGAAGAAAUUCAUCGAGGCGAACAAUAAUUUAAGCUUCAUAAACGUUUUAAAAGAAUUCAAAGUUCCGCAUAUUUGCAAAGCGCUAGUGCUCGUGUUUGUGCUCUUCAUGUACAGUCAAAUGUGUGGUAUGAAUAAUGUGAUGUUCUACAUGGAAACCAUCCUGCGAAGCGCCGACGUAACUAUCAUAGAACCGGCGACAGUCGUGAUUAUCGUGACCGCAGUCGGAAUUGUUAGUUCUCUGUUCUCCAUGUUGCUGAUCGACAAGUUUGGCAGACGAGUCUUGAUGAUCGCUUCCAGCGUGACCGUCGCGAUCUCGCUAAUUUGCCUGGGUACGGAAUUCCAGCUUCUCGAUGCGGGUUAUGAUCCCGCUAGUUUGCAAGGACUACCGAUCUUCUCGGUAUUAUUUUUCCAAAUGUCCGUUUUUAUUGGCAUUCUCUCGAUACCCACCGCAGUAUUAGGCGAGAUAUUUCCAUCACAUGUUAAGUGCAUGGCUGGCUGUUUCACCAGUAUCAUUGCUGGACUCUUCGCUUUCAUAUCCACGUCGACUUAUCAGCCUCUAGUUGAUGUACUUACGGAGAAAUAUCUGUUCUACGUAUAUUCUUUGAUACUGAUAACUGCCGUGCCGUUUACGCUCCUCUGCAUGCCCGAGACCAAGGGCAAAUCCUUACAGCAGAUCCAGGAAGAAUUGACGAAGAAAAGUUGAGUCGAGUACGUUUAUUGAAUUGCGCCACUGUGAGCAAUUUAUAGCGAUGAUUUAUGAAUCUAGUGGUAAUACGAUUACUCAUUUUCUCGCGUUCAUUUUUGCAAAAAGUUUUUAUGACACAUCAAUAUCAGUGCCAAGUAAUGCUGGUGCGGCCAAUAAACGAUCUGACAAAUUGUAAUCUCACGCGAUAUUUUUACUCAGUGCUAACGAGCAGAAAUAUCUUGUCGGAAAAAGAGCCAGCUGCGAAUUAAAUUAAUGAAAAAGUCGACGAAUACGCAAUAUUUUCAAUCGUUGCAUAUUACUGACACACGCAUUUUAUUUUUACAUUUAUUUAUACAUAUAUCACAAAUGUUAAAAAACUUCCAUUUUCUAGUUUAUUGAUUAUAGAAGAAUUACAUAACUAUAGUGAAGAUGUUAAAGAUCAAGCGUUAUAAUAAAUAAUAAUAAAAAGUGAUGAUUAUAUUGAGAUAAAAUUGGACGCGUCGGAGCGACACGAAACGACUUGUAAUGCAAUUUAAUUGUAAGAGUUGUAACUCUAAUUCCUAUCUACAAAUAAAAAGGCAAUAAGAGCUAAUUAAGUUCUAUCCUAG